AACUGAAGUGUAGUUGAGCUGUUGUGUGUUUUUGUCUCUGUAUUCAUGCAGUAAAAUGGCAGAAGCCAGAAUUUCUCAGGAUGAGUUCAUGUGUUCAGUGUGUCUGGAUCUCCUGAAGGAUCCAGUGACCACUUCCUGUGGACACAGUUACUGUAAGAUCUGUAUUACAGGCUGCUGGGAUCAGGAGGAUGAGGUGAGAGUCUACAGCUGUCCUCAGUGCAGACAGACCUUCAGUCCAAGACCUGUUUUAGCUAAAAACACCAUUCUGGCUGAAAUGGUGGAGAAACUGAAGAAGACUAAACUUCCUGCUGACUGUUACGCUGGAGCUGGAGAUGUGCAGUGUGACGUCUGUACUGGAAGAAAACACAAAGCCGUCAAGUCCUGUCUGGUGUGUCUGAACUCUUACUGUCAGAAUCACCUUGAACAACAUGAGAGUUUGUUUAAAGGAAAGAGACACAAUCUGACUGAAGCCACUGGACGACUGCAGGAGAUGAUCUGCCUGAAACACGACAAGAUCCUUGAGGUUUUCUGCCGCACUGAUCAGAAUUGUAUAUGUCUGCUGUGUACGAUGGAUGAACAUAAAAACCAUGACACUGAAUCAUUUGCAGCACAGAGGACAGAGAAACAGCACCAGCUGAAAGAGACGCAGAGGUGGUUCCAGCAGAGGAUCCAGCAGAGAGAGAAAGAUCUUCAGCAGCUGAGAGAGGCUGUGGAGUCUCAUAAGCGCUCUGCACAGACAGCAGUGGAGGACAGUGAGAGGAUCUUCACUGAGCUCAUCCGCUCCAUUCAGAGAAGCCGCUCUGAGGCCACACAGUGUAUCAGAGAUCAGGAAAAGACUGCAGUGAGUCGAGCUGAAGGACGACUGGAGCGACUGGAGCAGGAGAUCAAUGAUCUGAGGAGGAGAAACGCUGAGCUGGAGCAGCUUUCACACACACAGGAUCACAUCCAUUUCCUGCAGAGUUUCCAGUCUCAUUCAGCUCCUCCUGAAUCUACAGACAUAAAUGACGAUCCCUUCAAUUCUCUCUCCUCUUUUGAUGGAGUGAGAGAAUCUGUCCGUCAGCUGAGAGACAAACUGGAGUAUUUCUGCAAAGAGGAGCUGAAGAAGAUCUCUGACAGAGGUAAAGUCCUGGAGAUUUCUCUUUCACCAAGAUUGUUCCCAGGACCAGGAACGACUUCCUACAAUAAGGUGAAAGAAAACAUGACUGAAGAGUUUUAUAGUUGA